GACAAAUUUAAACAGUUUUAAGAGAGGUGUGACAGGAGAAAUGCUAACACUAGCAUGGCAACUUAACAGUGCUAACAUAUAUAUAUUUGCGGCGGACUCGACCACGAUGAACCUCUGUCCUCUGGCGAAUGCUACAACCCCAAAACCGACCGGUGGACGAUGAUCGCCUCCAUGGACAGCGGCUGCGCCUCAGCUCGGGCUGUCGCCUACCAAGACAAAAUCUAUCUGGCUGGUGGCCACACAUACGGCGUGUCUUUGUGCAGAGUCAUCGUCUACAACCCGCUGUCGAACCAGUGGAGCAGUAUGACUCCCAUGAUUUACGCUCGCAGGCACUUUGGCAUGGCGGUGCUGGAGGAGCAGCUGUAUGUGGCCGGAGGAUACAACAACGUGAGCGACCUCUGUAAGGUGGAGUGCUACGAUGAAAACACCAGCAGGUGGCACGCCGUCCGGGACAUGGAGGCACCCCUCUACGGCUUCAGCUUCUGUGUGGUGGAGCGACACUUUUACACUGCUUCAAACCUGCCCAAAUUAACUACAGUGUUCCCUAUAUGUCCAUGA